AUGGCUGGCGCUUUCCGCGUAUUCGCUAAGCUUGGUUUUGCCGAUGGAGGAAGUGGACACAUCAGUCUGAGAGAUCCCAUACAGCCCAACACGUUCUGGAUCAACCCUUACGGCGUCCAUUUCGCCCUACUCACCGUCUCCGACAUGGUUCACGUAGACGAAGAUGGAAACCGCAUUGGCGGUGCAGACAGACUCAUCAAUACUGCUGGCUUCAUCAUUCACUCGGCCAUACAUCAGCGGAGACCAGACAUCAACGCCGCGUGUCAUAUGCACAGUCCGUAUGGCCGCGCAUGGUCGAACUUCGGUCGUCCAAUCGAUAUGCUUAACCAGGAUAGCUGCAUGUUCUACGAUGACCUCGAGGUCUAUACGAACUUCGGUGGCGUUGUGUUCGCUAAGGAGGAAGGUGGCCGUCUUGCCGACGCGCUGGGACCCCGCAAAAAGAACAUGAUUCUGCAGAAUCAUGCGCUAGAGAGGGCUUGCCAAUGCCAGCUGCUUACGGAAGCGGCAAUUGGAGGUGAUAUUGGCAAAAGUAGCGGGCUGAAGAAAAGCAUCGUCAGUGAGGAAGAAGCGGUGUAUACGAAGAAAGGAACAGGUACUCCGGAGGUCAUGUAUAUGCAGUUCGAGCCUGAGUACCGACUGAUCUUGAAAGAGUCGAACAGGGACUUCCUGGAUUAG